UUUGGCUAAAGGCCUUGACUAUCUGUCAUUUUUUAUAAGUUUGGUUUGUAAUUGGAUAUUACUAUUAGUUUUAUAUUUAAUUUUCUAUUUUGAUAAAAUUAUGGGUUUUUAAAUAUUUUUUUUAGUUUUUAUGUUAAUUUCAAUUUUUAUUUUUUAAAUUAAAGAAUUUUUUUUUAUUUAAUUAAGACAAAAUAAAAAAUAAAAAUGGAAGGAGACUCUAUUGAUAGUUUGGCUACUUCGGCUGAAGAAAUUUUUUCUGAUGGUGGGAGUAAUGAUGAAGAAUUGCCUACUUCUUCAAAUAAAGUUUUGGAUGGACGUAGAGUUGAGUUGUCAGAUAGUUGUAGUCUUCAGAGUUCUGGUGAAAAUAACUUCCGCAGAGGCAGAUUAAAAAAAUUAUUUCAGUAUGAUGCUCACAAGAAUAUACCAUAUGAAGAACUAAAUAAAGCUUCAAAAGAUGUUUUGGACCGAGCAGUUGAAUAUAUGCAAUUAUUCUUAAUUCGUUAUCAAGCAGAGCAUGCUGGAGUUGAUUUACUUCGUCGUAUGCUUUUGGCUGCUCGUCUUUAUGGUGCUCCUCUCCAACGCCUUAUUCAAUUUGCCUUGUCAAUACAUUUGAAGUACAUUCCGGAUAUCCCUAAAUUUUGUUAUAGGCCAAUCAAUAUUAAAAAUUUUUUUGAUGAGAUGAACGAAUUGGAAAGACGUUUUGGACAUUUUCUUUGGGAUUUAUUUUUUGUUUAUUGUCGGCCUUACUUAAAAAGGGAAGAAAUAAGACUUCAUCGAAUAUUUUUUCGUCGUCAACUAACUUCUCUUGUUAUUAAUUUACACAAUGCUGCAAUGAGGAAAGAUUGGCCGACAGUUGCUGAUCGUUUAGCUUCAAUUCCUGCAUUUCCUUCAAAACAACUUCCUUCAAGAAAUCAUUUUGAAUUCUUUAAUCACGCAAUGGGCCCAUAUUUUCCUUCAUUUUAUUUACUUACUUUACAGACUUUACUUGAAAGUAAGCAACAAAUAAAGAAUUUGAGUUCACAAUAUGUUAAAGCCUUUAAAGCUUUUAAUUCUACUUGUUCUGAGCGUCAUAUUUGGAUGGAUAACUCAAUGUUUUACUAUUCACAGCUUCUUAUUUUUCAUUUAUGCAAUUUUAAAUUAGAGAAGACUGGACCAGUUUUGGCUGGCCAAAAUGUCAAAUUCCAAGGGGAUUCUCAGCAUCGCCGUUUAAUUCUUUUGCUCAAUUAUUGCAUUGAUUUUGAGAAACAUUUUCUUUCAUUAAAAAAGGAGCGGCUUGAACGAAUAAACACAACAAAACUAGACAUGGAUGAGGACAAUUCAUUACAAAUACGAGAUCGUUCUUUAUUAUCUGGAUUUUCUGGCUUUCUUGAUGUUUUGUUUGAAGAACCUACAACAAUUGUUGGCCUUUUACCUUUAGCAGUAUUUUGUGCAAUACAAUUCGACUGUUUAGAGGAUUUAACUGAAAAAUUAUCUGAAGAGUAUAUUCGUUAUCCUUUUUUAUUAAUCCACGUUCACAAUGUUUUUGCUCAUUUUAAACUUUAUCAUGUUGUCGGACAAAUGCUUGACCGGGUUAGUUUAGUUUUUACUUAUUGA